AACGGAAAUACGAGCACUUUUUCAGGAAACUCGAGGAAUGUUGCACAAGUGGUUUUUGAAAUGACGGAUUCGGUUAUAUUACCGACACCUUGGGUUGCACCUCGAGGCUCGUAACCAGCGUUUCAAGAAGUACGAUUGGUUGCAUAGAACGAGGGUAUACCUACAUCCGUAUAUAAACGGUUCUCGCUAUUUCCGUGGGUUUCUUCAUCCUCUGGCGUUUCUCGAAUGCGUUCUUUGUUGCGAUUGUUAUCGCCGGUUGAUCAUAGAGUCGAAAAGUCGCGACGACUUUGAAUAGGGAUGUAUCGGCGAACAUUUUUUCUAUGUGUUUUGUGUUCUCUUUCUCAUGGUCGUUUUAUCUCCAUCUAUGACACCGAUUCGAAGCAUACAGCGGAACUCCUCUCUCAGGAUAGGAACCUUUUCGUCCGUUCAACCGUAUCGUCGGCGUCUUCGAGUUGCGAUGGACCGAGCGACAAAGGAGGACGCUGCGAGUAUCUCGUCAAGUGUUUUAUCGACGAGUACCACUCGAACUUUGAGCUCGCGAUGAAUCACUGUUGCACGAUCGAUGGGAGGUACCUCGGCGCUUGUUGUCCCGAUCGUCUGAAUGGACCCAACGAAGAAAACUCUGUCGUUGAGGACAGUUUCACCAGCAUUCUACCACUCGUUGCUGUCGUCGAUGAAGAAUCAAACGAGUCGAAAGUCGACGGGAACGCGGGCAGAAUCGUUUGGCAGGAACCUGACGACGCGUCGACGUCAACGGAGGUGUACAAGAAUUCCGAGAGAUCCAGAGGAUGCGGAACGAAUAUCAAAACACGAAGCAGAUUGGUGGGCAGCCGACCAGCCGAUCCCAAACAAUGGCCCUGGAUGGUAGCUCUUCUCAAGAAGGACGGCAACCGUUACUGCGGCGGGGUCCUUGUCACCGACCGGCACAUUUUGACCGCCGCGCAUUGCGUGUACAGAUACAGCCCCCGGGACAUCAAAGUCAGACUCGGAGAAUACGAUUUCUCGACCGCGGAGGAGACCAGAGCUCUGGACUUGUUCGUGUCCGAAAUACGCGUUCAUCCCGACUUUGAUUACACCACGUACGAUAACGAUAUAGCGAUACUAAAGUUGCAUCGACCGACCGUGUUCAACGAUUACAUCUGGCCCAUCUGUUUGCCGCCGAUAGACCAGACCUUCGAAAAUAAGACCGCCAUCGUGACCGGUUGGGGUACUCGCUUCUACGGAGGUCCUGCUAGCGCGGUUUUGAUGGAGGUCAGCGUUCCGAUUUGGAAGCAAGAGAGGUGCGUUCAAAGUUUCGUUCGACGAAUUCCCAGGACGGUGAUCUGCGCUGGCGCGUACGAGGGUGGUCGCGAUGCUUGUCAAGGUGACUCGGGCGGACCGCUCCUCCAUCAGCUCGACAACGGGAGAUGGGUCAACGUCGGGAUCGUGUCUUGGGGGAUGCGAUGCGGUGUGGCAGGACGGCCUGGAAUAUACACGCGGGUCAGUUCUUACCUCGACUGGAUAUUCCAGAACGCCGUUUUCUGAGGAUUUUCGCGGCAUCGAUGGCGGAGGAACAGGUACUAGGCGCGAUACAACACCGGCUGACUUUCAAAAACGAUGAAACUUUAUUUCCGGAAUACCGACCGUUACAUCGUUACAAGAGAUUGACACGAAUAGAGAGAAAUUCGAUCGUUAAGAGACGCCGUGGCCAAUCGCGCCACGGAGAGCGAUUCCCGUACUUUCUUUUGCCGCGCAUCGAGCGCGUAGCGAAGCGUUCAGUUCAGGGUGUCCCUCGCCCAAAGCUCCAUCGUUCGGCAGGUGGUUCCCGUACGAGGUCCAGCCUCUAUUCGCUGUAACGCUUUUGUACACCGAUGCCUAACUUUAACUCGUCG